AUGCUGGAACUCAGGCUGGUGCAGGGUAGCCUGUUGAAGAAGGUUCUGGAGGCCAUAAAGGACCUAGUGACCGAUGCCAAUUUCGAUUGCUCGGCAACGGGAUUCUCACUCCAAGCAAUGGAUAGCAGCCAUGUGGCGCUGGUGUCUUUACUUCUCAGAUCUGAGGGAUUUGAGCAUUAUCGGUGUGACCGGAACAUCUCCAUGGGAAUGAACCUCAACAACAUGGCUAAAAUGCUCAAGUGUGCUGGCAAUGAUGACAUUAUCACUCUCAAGGCUGAUGACGGCAGUGACACUGUCACCUUUAUGUUUGAAAGCCCCACUCAAGAUAAGAUUUCAGAUUUUGAGAUGAAGCUCAUGGAUGUUGAUAGUGAGCAUCUUGGGAUCCCUGAAGCCGAGUACCAUGCUAUAGUCAGGAUGCCUUCCACCGAGUUUGCAAGAAUUUGUAAAGAUCUCAGCAGCAUUGGUGACACGGUUGUGAUCUCAGUCACAAAAGAAGGCGUAAAAUUCUCUACAAGCGGUGAUAUUGGAACAGCAAAUGUUGUGUGCAGGCAAAAUACAACUGUUGACAAGCCGGAGGAUGCAACAAUUGUAGAGAUGAAUGAGCCAGUUUCCUUGACUUUUGCAUUGAGGUACUUUAAUUCCUUCACCAAGGGAACUCCAUUAUCAAAUACAGUUACUAUCAGUUUGUCUUCAGAGCUUCCAGUAGUAGUAGAAUACAAGAUUGCAGAGAUGGGUCAUCUCAGGUUCUACUUGGCACCUAAGAUAGAGGAGGAUGGUGAAGAGAACUAG